UCUCUUGCAGAUGAUGGUAAGCUGUCUCUGGAUGAGUUCCAGGCUUUCUUCUCCGAUGGCACGCUGAACGAGGAAGAGCUGGAGAAGCUGUUUCACACCAUUGACUCUGAUAACACCAGUAAUGUUGACACUAAGGAACUCUGUGACUACUUUGCCAAGCACAUGGGGGACUAUGAGGGAGUUCUGGCCUCGUUGGAAACACUCAACCUUUCCAUCCUCAAAGCCAUGGACUUCACCAAAAAGGUUUAUGAGAGAGGAACCAAUGUGGAGCAGUUUGUAACCCGUUUCCUGCUGAAGGAAUCAGCCAAUCAGAUCCAGUCUCUCCUGAGCUCUGUGGAGAGUGCCGUGGAUGCCAUUGAUGAGCAGCACAGCCAGUCAGGUCAUCUACCUGCCAAGGUGAGCCCACGGAUGUCAGAGAGGCGCAAUGAAAACACCGUCCCUGACUAUCCCCCUAACAACAGAGUCAGUGCCAGGGAGGCUGUCAGGACCAUCAACACUGCUUCAGGAGCAGUAGAGGUGAGGAAAGAAGGUCUGGAGGCUCAGAUCAACCGCCUGGCUGAACUAAUCGGACGACUGGAGAAUAAGACAGUCUGGCUUGAUCUGCACCAGAGGCUAACAGACACAGAUGGCACUACCAGCGCAUCCUUGUUGCUGAUUCGUCACGAGAUGGUGGUUUCCCAGAAGAAGCUUGGCGAGUUUUGUGAGGCUCUGAAGCAGUACCUGAAGAAUGUUUCCACACAGAGAGACUGCUUUCAUGUGACUGCGGUGCGUCUGCCGGACGGUUUAUCCUUUGUCGUCUACGAGUUCUGGGAUGGAGAGGAGGAGUGGAAGAGGCACCUCCAGUCGGCCCCCAACAAAGCCUUUCAGCAUGUGAAGGUGGAUACACUGUGUCAGCCGGAGGCCAUGUCCUCUGUAGCUGUGCCAGCCGCCUGGUGCAGCGUGAACAGGGACUGAGCAUGAAGAUAUUCAACUACACGCCAAGACUCCUGGACACUCCCCACUUCCUCUUCAACUCCCCUCCAACCCUAAACCCUUUCACCCCUGCGUUUCACCUGCUCUCACACCCCCAAACCCCUCCUCUUUCAUCCCUCACAUUCCUCAACUCUUUUUGUAAGUACAUGUUUACACAGUGCAAAUGAAUGGUGUCAACUGCAGUGAAAAUUGAACAAACAGUGCAUUUUACAAUGUGAGAUUACUAAAAUGCGUUUGCAUCUCACCAUAGUAGUUUGCUGCCUCAAGAUAUUGGAUUCUGUCAUGUUGAUGUUUCAAGUGGCUUUGAGCCACUGUAAAGUGGAGUUUGUCAUGUAGCAAGGACCCUGGCGUUGAGUUUUUCAUGUAGCAGUUACUGUUUUUGGGUAGUGCAUUUGGGAUGUGGCUUUUUUUCCCCACUCCUGUUACAGUUAAAUAGCUAUUAUUUCAUAGUAGCUGCUCAUUCCACAUUUGCUCCCAUACACAGUGUUCUAAUAAUUCAAUUUCUUUUUUGUAACUGACCAAAUGCUUUGGACAUUAUUCUCACAUCAGCCAUUCUGAACUCACAUGACAUGUUGAGUUAAUGAGGACUAUCGACAGACCUAGAUGAUAGAUUAGCUUGCAAUCUCAGGAAAACUGAAUGCUUGAAUUUAGCUUGAAGGUUAGCCAGCUCCCAGCUAGCUCUCAAACUUAGUUUUCUGGGUCCCUAAGUACGGGUGGUUGGGGUUGUGUCAAAUAAUAUAUAUAUAUAUAUUAUGGCGAAAACCAUGAAGGCCUUGCAAGCAGCGAAUGAGUUUUUAGAAAUGACUAAGUAGAAAAUGUGUGGUUUAAGAUUUUCUACACUGAUAUGGACAAGAGCUAGCAAAAAGCAGUAUAGUCGCACGUCUAGUGACUCAGUAACUUGAUAAAACAUCUAUUCAUACAAUAUAAUAAUACAUACAAUAUUCAGACAUACCACAUAAUGUCAACUUGCAAACAGGAGUUUCCCAGAAGGACCUGAAGACAGCUUCAUUGUUAGAUUCUGAUAGCUGGCUGUAAGAGGCCAAAUGUCAUAUUAGCCUGAAUUUAAGACAACCCCUGUUUUUGGAGAGAAAAAAAGACUAAAACAAUCCUACCAUCUCAAAGAGAACCAGCAUUGACCUGUGGACUAGUUGAUUUAUUAUCCUGUAUGAUUACAGCUACUCAAUAUCUCACUAUAAGUUAUAGUCCUCUGCACGCUCAUGCUAUCAGAGAACCAGGAUUACGGUCCUAACUUUAGGUUUUGACUGCUUACUUGUAUUUAUGCCAGUCUGCAAAUGAAUGAAGCUGCUUUUAAAGUGUAAUUUUGGGAGGAAAAACAAAACAUUUUCUUAUAUAUCGGCACAUGGUAUUUUACCUCAAAAUACAAACCUUUAUUCUUUCAGUCUGCAGAUCCAGCUUUAUCUUGCUGAGUUUCCUUACCCCAAGUACCAUUUAUGUACAAUGGCUGCCGUGGGAGUAAUGUCUGGUAUGAACUUAUUUAGAGUGUGUAAACACCGGACAGGUUUUUAACGAGCAACAGAACACUAAACCCAAAUCUCUGUGAAGCCAGACAUCAUGAUUAUCUCUGUACAUUAGAUGGUGACACUACCUGGCACCAAAGACCAGCCAAUAGGAGAGGGCCAGUUCAGUUCAGUGUCCUAUAUUGUGAAAAUAUGUCAGUCUUCACAAAUAUCUGGGUAUGUAGAUGCCAGUUUUUGAUUGACAGACACAUAGAGAACCAACACAUAGAGUUGGUGAUUUAUAUUUCUUCAUGUAGCUUUUAUUUCAUGAAACACUUUGGGGUUAAGAGUUGAAUCUGAGCACUGACAUCAGGGUCGUGUAAGAGGUGAGAUAAAUAGAUCAUUUUGCUGUCAAGGGAUAAUUUCUGACUUGACUAAUGACUGACAAGAGUCUGCUGCUACCUUGAGACAGAGGAGACUACAUAGAGAGAUGAAGGCAGCACCUCACUGUUCUCCAUACAGCUGAAGUUUGUUUUAUUUCCACCUUUGGUUUGUGUAUUUGUUGUCUGAAUUGGCGAUGGGUAGCUUAUAUUAGCUGUGUAAGUUUAGUAGAGAUUGUACAUAUGAAAAUGUUCUUCUAUUAUGAUUAUAUUUGUAUCUUUUAGUGCUAUGGUGCAAACUUUUCCUCAGUGGAAGUGACAGUAGCUUUCUAGGCACUGCACAACAGUUUGAAUCAGAAUACCUACCAUCAGAAACUUCAGACAGAUACACCUAUCUGAAUGACAUUGAAUAUGAAGCCUUAAACAUCACCACAUGGCAGAGGAGGUUUUAAGAGUUUUCAAAAAAUGACUUUCUUUUCCGAUGUGAUGUAAACUCCCAGUAAGCAGGGAAAUGCCCAAUAGCAGUCUUUCAGUAUGGACCUCUUGGCAUCAGAUCACGCAACACCAGUUUCACAUUGCAUUGACAUAUUAUUGAUACAAAGACAGUUUCACCAUUGCAUUAGAUUCCUGUACAUCAGACUUUUUCAGUUAUCAGCAUAUCACUAGAAAAAUAACUUUGAAAUAGGACUUCACAUCACUUAGUAUACUGCAGCUGAUAGAUCAACCACCUCAGCAUCAGUAUCUCACACAAUGAUCAUGUAUAUUGCCACCAUUAACCUCAACUAUAGGAAACAAGGGUCACAAUACCUAUAACUUAACUGGAGGACAUUACAGAAAAAUGUGGACCAUCAGAAAUGUGGGAUGGGACUGAUCAGCUGUCUCUCAAACAAAACAAGACAAGACCAACGUCUGGAAGCUCUGAUGAGCAUAGUAUUCUCAUGUGACCAACGACAAUAUUCAAAUGAAGGUCAGGUUUGGCAGCAAAGUGGUUCGUCUUACGACAGAAGAUUGGGGUCAGUCUUUGACUCCUGGGCACAGUUUUCAUGUUGGCCUUGGUUUCUUUCCACAAACCAAAUACAUACAAGGAGAUUGAAACCUUUACAGUAACUUAUUCAUAAAUCAUGUGAUCUUGUGUCUACAAAUUGGCUAAACUGGCAACCUUUCCUUCCUUCAGCCCCUUUCAUGCUGGGAUACACUCUGAAAAACUAUUAUCAACAAACUGAAUCAAUCGAGGUUAAGCCACAUUUUCUGUGUUUGGUCUUUCCCUUGUUCUUGGCGGAUAUGUUUGAAAUUGAUCAGACGCAUCUCUGCAUCUGUUUUGAUCUUUCGUGAUCUUUGGCACUAAUCUCACCUUGUUUGAAACUGAAAUCUCAUCCGUUCACCCUGGGAUGAACUGAGGUCAAAUUCAGGUCAAAAUACCCAGAAUCAAUGCCCCAGACCCCCUACCCCACCCCCACCCCAACCCCCACGACACCACCACUAACACCACUAUAAGCCCACCAUUGUAAAACAAUCUGACUCUCCCUCAGAAAGCACAAUGUAAAAAUGAGUGAAUAUUGUGACUUGAAGAUACAGUAUAUUAGAGGCUGUUGAGUAUGAUGAGAGUAUUUAGAGAUAUAUAGUAUUACCUGGUUAAAAGGUUUGUUGAUGAAUAACUCCUUCUUUAUAGCUCUAUACUUUCAAAGGUGCCAUCUUGCCAUCCACCUCACUGUUGAGUCUGUUUUCUCUAUUUUCAUCUGUGAAUGACAGCCAGUCUGUCAUCUGCCAGUACUGUGGUAGCAGUGAGUGGGGAUCCAUCUACACUGAUAACGAAUAUCGAUCCAGCCCAGCACGGGUGGGCUGCAUUGAGCAGGGCAGGACUGUGUGGAAUGUGGAAGUGUUGAAUAUUAUUAGAUUCAGUUGGCUUAUAGAACAGGCAUGCAAAGGCACUGCUGCUUUAUCUGUGAAAUGUCUAUACUAAUCUCUGAGUGUCUGUGUUAAAGAAACCCUGUGGAGUUUUUGACGACUAGUUUUGCUAUGGAGCAAUGUUUUUACGACUGGGUCCCUGAUUUGUUUGUACGGUGUGCGUGACAGGAUACACAUUUUUGCCACUGGUUUCAUGCUAUUUUUCUGAUCCUCAGUUAGUGGCGGUAAAGCACCAAGAAAUGUAGCAAUGCACCAACAAAGGCAAAGAAGACGAAGGCUGCUAGCUAGUAAACAUGAAUGUAAACACUGCAGGAUUUAAAAUAUAAAAAGUUGGCUUUGCAAAUGUUUUGUGAGGAAGGAAAUGUAUUCAACACGUUUGUUAGACGUCAAGGAAACACACAAUGGGGCUGUUCUGUCACUUUAGAAUGGAUCCAGCUAAACCAGAACUUGCAGCCUAACUUAAGAUCUGCCCAACGCAGGUGUUUCGGAGGAACACAACACCAUAAUGGUCCGUGUAAUUGUCUGACAUAUGUCAGUAGUUAAAAAAAGCCACAUUUUCAUUUUAUACAUUUCACUGUUUCACUUGGCUAUAUGUUAAAGGGACAGUUUACCCAAAAAUUAAAAAUACAUAUUUUGCCUCUUACCUGUAGUGUAGAUUAUCCAUCGAGAUUGUUUUCCUGUGAGUUCCCGGGUUUUGGAGGUAUCGGCCAUUGAGAGUAUUUUUUGAAUAUAAUGAGACUAUGCCACUCAGCUUGUGGUGCUCAAAGCACCAAAAAGGUACAUUUGAAAACUCUACAGCAAUGUCUUUUUCCAGACAUCAUGACCCGGUUACUCAAGAUAAUCCACAGAUUUGUUGUGAGCAGUUUCAUGUAGGAACUAUUGGUAGAGAGAAAAUAGUUCACAAAGGCUUUUUUUGGCUGGUGUGGGGUAAAUACUUGACAGCUCAAAAUUACUGGUUGUCAAAAUUGCUUGGCUUUGAUUAUUUUCAGGUUAGGCAUAUUUUGGAUGUAUUUAAUAUUUGACUCUCACUCAUCGCUUCUUCUAUAACACCAUAUUCUUACAUACUAAAGACCAGAGUAAUACAGACCUUCCCUUAAAUCUCGCUUAAACCGUGUCUGCAGUAGGUUUAAGUUAAACCUCUGAUACAGUGAUUUAAACCUCAGCUUCUGAGGACGCAGCAACGAGGUUUAAGAGACCACAUGAUUUUGUUCCAGACAACACAGCUAAGCUAAUGACAGAACAACAGUGACAAACACUGAAUGUAAACAUGAGUUUGGUUUGUUUACAAGAAGGCUCCACAGGGCACCUUUAACCUUUCACUUCUUAAAAAAUAAAACCCCUGUGCCACUACAAACUGAGGCAAAUCUUGUUUGCAUUCAAGAAAGAGCUGCUGUAUUCUGAAUAGAAACAUAAAGCCAUAUUGCAUGGAUUGAUGUUUACAUGUCAGUGACUUACUAUACUGAUAGCCAUAGUUUUACAGUACUCGAGUGCCCAGCUGAAUGCAGCCCACAUGCUCUAAUUGAGGGUUUCUUUCCUGUACAUUUCCUUGCCCAGCUUGGUUGGGUUGUGUAUAUGAGGUAGAUUGUGAGCGAACUAUCAGAAAUGCCAAUACUGUUUCCUAUUGAUACAUUCCUGAAUGUCCCUCAGACUGUGCAACCUGUUCUUUUCUAUCCUCCUACUCCUCAGUGCAACCUGUGCUUCGCCAUACAAUGAAAGAGUUGUGCCAUUGAAAUGUAGUGAAACAGGCCUUUGAUUGAAUAUUUCCUGGCAACAUUAACCAUGGGAGGACAUACAAUGUGUGGAGAUUAGGCCUCAUCAGUUUCUGUAGCUGUAGGGAAGCUGGUGGACAGGAAGUGUGUCACCAGAUUUACCUCAUCAAGUGUUGUUACAUGAUACCAACCCAGUCAGGAAUUUGCCAAACUGAUCAAGUUAAGGUCAUAACUCUUCCCUUCUAUGGCUGUGUUCUUUUCUAUCCUUCAACUGAGUGCAUGUCAACUAAAUGUCCUGUAACUUAUUUGCUGUAGUAUUAGGCCAUGCUACUCUUCAAUGGGUUUUGUGCAUUUCUUACCUUCUUUCUUUUCUAGUAUUCCUAUGAAGGAGACAGAGACUAAAAUCUAUUAUAUAAAAUAUAUCUGAAAAAUGGCAUACAAGAAUGAACAUUCACUUUUAUGGCAAUGUCUAAUGAAAUAGUAAUUCUUAAUGUAUGUUUCAGUAAAACAGCUUUCUCUUCUUAAGUGUAGAGACUUAUUGCAGGGAUGCAAGUAUUAUAUUUGGUCUUUGAAGAAAAUCUUGUUGAAAUUCUAGAUGAUGUAGAGUGAUGCAAUUCAAUAAAACUAUAAAACUGAAAA